CGUUGCCAGGUUGACUGCCUGGGAAGUGGCGAAGCCGCCGCGACCCGGUGGUGGUGGUGGUGAGGAGGAGGAGGAGGAGGAGGAGGGAGAGAAGGGAGGAGGAGGAAGGCGAGGGGCCAAGCGCUGGGUGGCCCCCGGGGCCAGGCCCCCCGGCGCAAGCUCGGCCCAAGGGCCGGAGCCCCGCCUGGCCUCGGUGUCACCCCCGCCCUGCAUGGAGCUCGGCUGGAGGGGAAAUGACCGACCAGGAGAACAACAACAGCAGCGGCGGCGGCGGCGGCGGCGGCAUCUCCAGCAACCCCUUCGCGGCCCUCUUCGGCUCCCUGGCGGACGCCAAGCAGUUCGCAGCCAUCCAGAAGCAGCAGCUGAAGCAACCCGCCGAGGAAACCUCAGCCAGCCAGGAUGACUCUGACAACAGCAUCUCUGAAAGUCUGGAUGAUUGCGACUACUCGGUGGCUGAGAUCAGUCGCUCCUUCCGCUCCCAGCAAGAGCUCUGUGAGCAGCUCAACAUCAACCAUAUGAUCCAAAGAAUCUUCCUGAUCACGCUUGACAACAGUGACCCCAGUCUGAAAAGCGGCAAUGGGAUUCCUGCACGCUGUGUGUACUUGGAGGAAAUGGCAGCAGACCUGGAGGAUCAGGACUGGCUGGACAUGGAGAAUGUGGAACAGGCCCUGUUUACCCGACUGCUGCUCCCAGAACCAGGGAAUCACUUGAUUCACAUGACCACCACAAGCACCCAGAAUCUCUCAGCUGAAAGAGAUGCAGGAGAGAAGCAAAUUCUGCGCUACCUCUUUGCCUGCUUCCAGAGGGCAAAGGAGGAGAUCACCAAAGUGCCAGAGAACUUGCUGCCCUUCGCACUGCGCUGUCGGAACCUAACGCUCUCCAACACCCGCACGGUCCUCCUCACGCCAGAGAUCUAUGUCGGUCAGAAUGUCUAUGAGCAGCUGGUGGACUUGAUGCUGGAGGCACUGAGAGGGGCUCACUUUGAAGAUGUGACUGAGUUUCUGGAGGAGGUCAUAGAAGUCAUCACUGUGGAUGAGGAAGUGCGGACCUUUGAAGAGAUCAUGGUGCCUGUCUUCGAUCUCCUCUUGGGACGGAUCCGAGAACUGCACUUGUGCCAGAUCCUGCUAUACUCCUACUUGGACAUGCUCCUGUACUUCACCAGGCAGAAAGAUAUUGCCAAGGUGUUUGUAGAAUACAUCCAGCCGAAAGACCCAGCCAAUGGGCAGCUGUACCAGAAGACUCUGCUGGGAACUAUCUUGAGCAUCUCCUGCUUGCUGAAGACCCCUGGAGUGGUGGAGAACCAUGGCUACUUUCUGAAUCCUUCUCGGUCCAGCCCUCAGGAGAUCAAGGUGCAGGAAUCCAACAUCCAUCAGUUCAUGGCUCAGUUCCACGAGAAGAUCUACCAGAUGUUAAAGAACCUCUUGCAGCUGUCGCCGCAGACCAAGCACCGGAUCUUGUCCUGGCUUGGCAACUGCCUCCAUGCCAAUGCAGGCCGCACCAAGAUCUGGGCCAACCAGAUGCCAGAGAUCUUCUUCCAGAUGUAUGCCUCCGAUGCCUUCUUCCUGAACCUGGGCGCUGCCCUCCUCCGGCUGUGCCAGCCGUUCUGCAAGCCCAGGUCUCCCCGGCUCCUCACCUUUGACCCCACCUACUGUGCUCUGAAGGAGCUCAAUGAGGAAGAGCAGCGGAGCAAGAACGUCCACCUGAGAGGUCUGCAGAAAGAAACCUGCUUGAUCCCAGCUGUGACUGAGCAGGAGCCAGAGUUUGCCCCCAGCUACAACCUGGUGACGGAGAACUUGGUCUUGACGCAGUACGCCCUCCAUUUGGGAUUCCACAGGUUGCACGAGCAGAUGAUCAAAAUGAACCAAAGCCUUCAUCGGCUGCAGGUGGCUUGGCGAGAGGCUCAGCAGAGCUCCAGCCCCACAGCCGACAGCCUCCGAGAGCAGUUUGAGCGGCUCAUGACCAUCUAUCUCUCGACCAAAACUGCCAUGACGGAGCCACAGAUGCUGCAGAACUGCCUCAACCUGCAGGUAUCCAUGGCUGUCCUUCUGGUCCAGCUGGCCAUCGGAAACCAAGGGACCGAGCUGGUCGACUUGACGUUCCCUUUGCCGGAAGUGAAGAGCAGUGCACUGGCCUACAUCCCAGAAUUCUUUGCUGACAACUUGGGCGACUUCUUCAUUUUUCUGCGCCGUUUUGCUGAUGACCUCCUGGAGACGUCGGCAGAAUCUCUGGAACACGUCCUUCAUUUUGUAACUAUCUUCACUGGGGAUGUUGACAGGAUGAAGAACCCACACCUGCGGGCCAAGCUGGCCGAAGUGCUGGAGGCUGUGAUGCCUCACCUGGAGCAGGUGCAGAACCCCCUUGUCUCCAGCAUUUUCCAUCGCAAGAGGGUCUUCUGCUCCUAUCGGCAUGCCGCUUGCCUUGCUGAGGCACUCAUCAAGGUCUUUGUGGACAUUGAGUUCACAGGAGAUCCCCAUCAGUUUGAGCAGAAGUUCAACUACCGCAGGCCCAUGUAUCCCAUCCUCAAGUAUAUGUGGGGCACCAACUCCUACCGGGAAAGCAUCAAGGCGCUGGCUGAUUAUGCCUCGGAGAACUUGGAAGCGAUGACCCCUCCCCUCUUCCUGCGCUUCCUUAACCUGCUCAUGAAUGAUGCCAUUUUCUUGCUGGAUGAGGCUAUCCAGUACCUCAGUAAGAUCAAGAUUCAGCAGAUUGAGAAGGACCUGGGUGAGUGGGACGGCCUGUCCCCAGAGGUUCGGCGGGAGAAGGAAGCCAGCCUGCAGAUGUUUGGACAGCUGGCUCGUUUCCACAACAUCAUGUCUAAUGAGACCAUUGGGACCCUGGCCUUCCUGACCACAGAGAUCAAGUCCCUCUUUGUGCAGCCCUUCCUGGCUGAGCGCAUAAUCUCCAUGCUCAACUACUUCCUGCAACAUCUGGUGGGCCCCAAAAUGGGGGCCUUAAAGGUCAAAGACUUCAGCGAGUUUGACUUCAAGCCCCAACAGCUGGUUUCUGACAUCUGCACCAUCUACUUAAAUCUGGGGGACGAGGAGAACUUUUGUGCCACGGUGCCCAAAGACGGGCGGUCGUAUUCCCCAACUCUCUUUGCUCAGACUGUCCGAGUCUUGAAGAAGAUCCACAAGCCUGGCAACAUGAUUGUGGCCUUCAGCAACUUGGCCGAGCGGAUCAAGUCGCUUGCAGAUCGCCAGCAGCAGGAAGAGGAGACCUACGCCGAUGCCUGUGACGAAUUCCUGGACCCCAUCAUGAGUACGCUGAUGAUGGACCCUGUGCUGCUGCCUUCCUCCCGGGUCACCGUAGACAGGUCGACAAUUGCCAGGCACCUCCUGAGUGACCAGACUGACCCUUUCAACCGGAGUCCCCUCACCAUGGACCAGGUCAGAGCAAAUACUGAACUGAAGGAGAGGAUCCAGCAGUGGCUGGCAGAGAGGAAGAAACAGAAGGAGCAGCUGGGAGGACACCAGGCCCUGCACUAGCUGCGGCUGCUGCGACCCGCAUGGAGAUCCGGGCUGAGCUCCCAGGCCCUCGAAGCGGGCUGCUAGGAGUGCGGGGGGGGGGUGCUCCCUGCUUGGGCACCUCCACGCUGUUCUUGGGUUUCUUGCCUCUGGGACUCGGCCGGAAACCUUCCCGUUGCCCCCUUGCCAUGUUGGUUAGCCUGCUGUGCCAUUUCAACAGCAGUCGCUGACCCUAAAACCCUUCCUCGGAAGUGCCCCCGCCCCCCGUUGCUGCAGCAGCUUUUGUGCUAGAAAUGUUCCUUUUGGUUAAUUUCUGGUGUUUAAUGUGAAAGCAAAAGCUCCCCUUUGGACAGGCUGUUCUUAUGCAAACUCAUCCUGACAGUGUUGGUCACUGUGUCCCGAGCAGGGUUGAGGGGCAUCAGCCGAUGCCCUGUGCCUGGAAGAACCUGGGGAGGGGAAGGGGCAGGGUGUGUGGGCUCCCCCAUCUCCCACCCAGUCCCCACUUGGAGCAUGAGCUGCCCUAUCCAACUCUGGCUGGAGGUCUCAGACUUAUUACUCAUGGUAGUGAUAAUUGCUUCCUGGCCUUGGAGGCCUGCUGGAAAAGCACUAUGUACAUGUUUAUGCAGGUGCUUGAGAACGCCUGCCUGCAUUUAUACUGUGCCUGUUGCAUGUCAAUAUGUAUGCGGUGUGUAUAUAGGAGAGCAUUUGCCUUAGAUCAAUAAAGGUGUCCGGUGGCCAGGUUUCUUUGGAA